UUUGAGGUUAGAAAAAUAAACAUGGUUAGAAAGAAAAUAGACAACAGAAUCCGAGUUUUAAUCGAAAAUGGGGUUAAACUUGGACACAGGACAUUAUUUGUAAUUGUUGGGGAUAAAGGAAAAGAUCAAGUAGUUAUUUUACACCACAUGUUGGCAAAGGCAGAAGUUAAAGCCAGGCCAACGGUAUUAUGGUGUUAUAAAAAAGAACUUGGAUUUAGCAGUCAUAGAAAAAAGCGAAUGAAGCAAAUUCAACAUAAAGUUCAAGCCGGAAAACUAAGUGUUAAUGAAGAUGAUCCAUUUGAAUUAUUCUUAGCUUCUACGAAAAUACGAUUCUGUUAUUAUUCGGAAACGCACAAAAUCCUCGGAAAUACAUAUGGGAUGUGUGUUUUACAAGAUUUUGAAGCUCUAACUCCAAAUUUACUAGCCAGAACUAUAGAAACCGUAGAAGGAGGCGGCUUAAUAGUUUUAUUACUAAGAUCUGUGAACUCUCUUAAACAAUUAUAUACUAUGAGCAUGGACGUACAUCAAAGAUUUAGAACAGAAGCCCACCAAGAUGUAGUUUGUAGAUUUAACGAAAGAUUUUUAUUGUCGCUAGCAUUUUGUAAACGUUCUUUGGUAGUUGAUGAUCAGCUUUCAGUUCUUCCGAUAUCGUCGCACAAUUUACAUGUCAAACCAGUUGAAAAUGUACAGGAACUUGAUGAAAACGUCACCGAACUCAAUGAUUUGAAAGAACAGUUAAGGGAUACGCAACCAGUGGGAAAUUUAGUAAAUCUUUGUAAAACUGUCGACCAGGCUAAAGCUCUACUCAAAUUUAUAGAAGCGAUUUCAGAAAAGACUCUCAGAUCUACUGUAUCACUAACUGCUUCGAGAGGAAGAGGCAAAUCUGCAGCUUUGGGAUUAGCAGUUUCUGCAGCAAUAGCUUUUGGAUAUUCAAAUAUUUAUGUAACGAGUCCCAGUCCUGAGAAUUUGAAUACUUUCUUCGAGUUUGUUUUUAAAGGUUUCGACGCUUUGGAAUAUCAGGAACACAUCGACUAUGGUUUAAUGCAAAGUACUAAUCCAGAGUUCAAUAAAGCAGUUAUUAGGGUUAACGUAUUCAGAGAACAUCGACAAACUAUUCAGUAUAUACAUCCAACAGACAGUGGGAAACUGUCUCAAGCGGAAUUAUUAGUAAUAGAUGAAGCUGCAGCUAUACCUCUACCAUACGUUAAAUCCAUGCUAGGGCCUUACUUAGUUUUCUUAGCAUCAACAAUCAACGGUUACGAAGGAACCGGUAGAUCAUUAUCACUUAAACUAUUGAAUCAACUAAGGAUACAAGCAGCACCGAUAGGCGCCAACACAAACGCUGUAAAUAAGAAAGAUUCCGGUGCAGCUACAGGAAGAACAUUACACGAGGUUUCUUUGAACGAAUCGAUUCGUUAUAAACCAGGAGACGCAGUGGAAACUUGGCUGGUGAAAUUGUUAUGUCUAGAUUCCACGUCGGUUACACCGAUUUCAUCAGGUUGCCCCCCGCCGGAUAACUGUGAUUUAUAUUACAUAAAUCGUGAUACUCUGUUUUGUUACCACAAAGCUUCGGAAGAAUUUUUACAAAGGAUAGUAGCCUUAUAUGUAGCUUCGCAUUAUAAAAAUACACCGAACGAUCUUCAAAUGAUGUCUGACGCACCUGCCCACCAUCUAUUUUGUCUAUUAGGCCCUGUAGAUCCAAAUAGAAGAACUCUACCGGAAGUUUUAGUGAUAAUUCAAGUUUGCUUGGAAGGUGAAAUUUCUAAAAAUAGUGUAUUGGAAGGGUUUUCUAGGGGUAAGAGAGCAUCCGGAGACUUGAUUCCAUGGACAAUAGGGCAGCAGUAUCAGGAUGCUGAUUUUCCUAAAUUGGCAGGUGCUAGGAUAGUGAGAAUAGCCACACAUCCGGAUUAUCAAGGGAUGGGAUACGGUGCAAGAGCUUUGGAUAUCCUUAAGAAAUAUUACGAAUUCAAAAUACCGAAUUUAGAGGAAGAAUCUGAGCUGCCGAAACAAGAAAUUGAUAAUGUAGUUGAUUCGGAAGUGGGUUUAUUAGAAGAAACUAUCGAACCGAGGAAAUCUUUACCACCUUUACUUUUUAAAUUGAAUGAAAGACCUCCGGAGAGAUUGGAUUAUAUCGGGGUAUCUUUUGGACUGACAGAACAGUUGUUGAAAUUUUGGAAAAAAGCUGGUUAUGUCCCUGUGUAUCUUCGACAAACUACGAACGAUUUAACUGGUGAACAUUCUUGUAUUAUGUUAAAUGUUUUGAAUACCGAGGAGAUACAAGAAGUGGAUUGGUUAGCUGCAUAUUGGACGGAUUUCCGUAGGAGAUUCGUUAAUUUGUUGGCUUAUCAGUUUAGUAAAUUUUCACCUAGUUUAGCUUUGGGGGUGCUAUCGAAUAAAAACAUCAAAUUGAAAACUAAAGAUUUAACUAAAAUGGAAUUGGAUAUUCAUUUUAUGAAGUACGAUUUGAAAAGAUUGGAAAUGUACAGUAACAAUUUGGUCGAUUAUCAUCUUAUAAUGGAUUUAAUGCCUGCUUUAGCCAAACUGUAUUUUUUGAAUAAUUUGGGGGAUGUGCAAAUGUCAGCAGUUCAAUCGGCGAUUCUUCUAGGCCUCGGUUUACAACACAAAACAGUAGAUGAUUUAUCAAAAGAACUAGACUUACCUUCCAGUCAACUUUUAGGUCUUUUUAAUCGUUUAAUAAGACGUUGUAGUCAGUAUCUUACCGGCGCCGUCGAGGAAGAUAUAGAAAAACGAUUCUUACCUAUAAAGAACACCGGAGAAGUUAACAUGACACCGGUAGCUCAAAGUGUACAAGACGAACUCGAAGAAGCCGCUAAAGAAUUGAAGAAGAAACAAAAAAAGGAGUUGGAAAAGUUGAAGAACGAGAAUUUGGAGCAGUUCGCUAUCAAAGGUGGGGAAGAUGAAUGGGCGAAAAGUUUGACGGGCAAAGGAAAGAAAUCCAUUGUAACAAUCAAAAGCGGGGAGAAACGUGUACACGAAACUAAUAACGUAGAAGAAGAAUUAAACUUGAGUGUUAAAGUUAAGAAGAAGAAGACUAAAAAUAAAAAUAAAACAUUGUAAAUAAACAAUAUUUUUACUGAUCUAAUACUGUUGAAUUUUUUUCUUUGACAUAAAUCAAUGGGAUAGUGGAUUAAAAAUCGGUUAAAAAGGGGUAGAAAUAAUUUAUUACUAUAUGAGUGUUUUAAUAUUAAAUUACUACAUUCACAACAUUAAUUUAAGUAAAAAAGUACACGUAUAAAUAAAUAAAAAUUUUUUUAGUGUGUAUAUAUACCGUGGGUUAAAAUUACUACGCUACUAUUAAAGUUUUCGAAAAAGAAAAUACUUUUUCGGUACUUUAUAGAUUGUUUUUUUUGUAUAUAUAUAAAAAGAGAACAUUUUGUUGUCCCACUGUAAAAAAUAUUCAAUAUAAAGUACUUAAAGACUAAAAAAAAUAUAUCAAAAUACAUUGAAUUCAUCAGUGACCCAAAUAUAUUUUUUACAAAACGAUGUUUGAUCGGUUUUUAUGAAUAUAUAUGGGUUUUAUACUAUAAAAAUCGGUGCAUGUCUUGAAAAAAGUAAUUUUGUACAACGUUGUCAAAUUUUUCAAAUAGUAUGGGUUUCCAAGAACAAUGAGGUUAUGUUUAUAUUUAAUAGAAAAAUAUAUCUUGGAUUUUUAAUUUCUCUCAAUUUUCCAAUUGUUUUAGGAGAUUUUUCAAUCCAAUUUUUAGAUAUAUAUUCAUUAAUUUUCCUUUUUUGACAUAUUUUGGGUCCUCUCCUAAUUUUACAAAUAUAUUUCCUAAUUUUCCAGCUUUUCCCAUGGUUUUUAUGAAUUAUUUUCUUCCAAGUUUCCAUGAAAUUUAUUAGUUUUCCGGUAAAAUUCAAUGGUUUUUUUCCUGUUUCUGUAUCUUUCAGUUUAUCCUUCAAAUUUCACAUUUUUUUAACUUUCCAAACACGCUUUUCAAUUUUCUAUAUCUUACGGAAUUUUCGAAUAUAUUUUCAUCAAUUUUCCAAGUUUUUUAUGAAUUAUUUUAUCCAAAUUUACCAUAUUUCUCUUAAUUUUCUGAGGAUGUCAGCACAUUAAUUUUUUUGUUAGGAAUUUCAAAUUUUUCGGAUUACAGAACAUUCCAGAGCUUCCCGUUUUACACACUUUUCCAAUUUUUCAGCCAAAAUCCCACCAUUUUCCACAAAGUGUAGGUUUUCCCUCAAUUUUUAAGUAUUUCUCUUAAUUUUACGAAAUUUUCAAAAUUUCCACAUUUUCCAAGGUUAUUUUAUUCAAAUUUCCAUGAAUUUUAUUAGUUUUUCGGCAAAUUUUGAUUUUUAUGUUGUGGUUUGAAAUUUUUUCGAAUUUCAGAAACUUCCAGAGUUUCUCAUUUUCGACAUUUUCCCAAUAUUUCGAGUGAAAUCUAAUGAUUUUCUACAUUUCCCACAUAUUUUAGGGUUUUUCCCAUUCCAACUAUUUUCCGAUAAUUACUAAUUUUUCAACUUUUCUCAAGGUUUUCAUGAAUUAUUUUGUUCAAAUUUGCAUGAAUUUUAGGAGUUUUUUGGCAGUUUUCAAAUUUAUUGAAUAUCAGAAUCUUACAAGAAGCUUUUCAUUUUCAAAAUUUAUCGAAUUUUCCAGCCAAAAUUUUUUCAAUCAACUUCUCAACAAUUUUUCCAAUUACUUCACAGAAUUUUCAAAAAUGUUCCCUCUUUAUUAAACUUCUCCUCAUAUUUCCAAGAGUUAUUCAAAUUUUUUGGUGAUUUCAAUGUUUUCACCACGUACAACGUUGCCAAAUAUUAUUACUUUCCUCAUACACCACUUAUUUUGGAAAAACAAAUACAAAUAGGUCACUACGUUAUUGGAAAUAUUGAGCACGUAUAUAAAACUAAAAACAAUUGGUCGUUUUCUUUUUGGCACACCAACUGCUUAUCAAAAACA